AAAAAAGCUCCCUCUCCACGUCGUCCUGGUUUCCCGCCCCCAACGUGGAUGGAAAGAAAAAAGAGAGAGGACCGACUGUGAGGGGUCCGCCGGCUCCGACGCUCGCCCCUCGCCGCAGCUGCCCGGCGCGGCCCGGGAGCGGCCGCCAGUAGCUUUCACGUUCGAGGAAGCCCUGCCGAGUGCCGUUCCGGCGCCCGAUCGCCCAUCGCCCGGCCCGGCGGCCCGCCUGUCCCUCAUGCAGACUGCCGUCCACUAGAGCUGGACAGACCCCCGAGGUGAUUCAUGGCAGGGGACGUGGAAGGAUUCUGUUCCUCCAUCCAUGAUACCAGUGUCUCUGCUGGGUUCAGAGCACUGUAUGAGGAGGGAUUGCUUCUCGAUGUCACUCUGGUUAUUGAAGAUCAUCAGUUCCAGGCACAUAAAGCACUCUUGGCCACCCAGAGUGACUACUUCAGAAUCAUGUUUACUGCAGAUAUGAGGGAGCGAGAUCAGGACAAAAUUCAUUUAAAAGGCCUAACUGCUACUGGUUUCAGCCAUGUCCUUCAAUUUAUGUACUAUGGAACUAUAGAACUGAGUAUGAAUACCGUUCAUGAGAUUCUUCAGGCAGCUAUGUAUGUUCAGCUUAUAGAGGUGGUGAAAUUUUGCUGUUCAUUUUUGUUAGCAAAAAUCUGCCUAGAAAAUUGUGCAGAAAUAAUGAGGUUGCUGGAUGAUUUUGGUGUUAACAUCGAAGGAGUAAGGGAGAAGCUGGACACCUUUCUCCUCGACAAUUUUGUUCCUCUCAUGUCCAGGCCCGACUUCCUCUCGUACCUGAGCUUUGAGAAGCUCAUGUCUUAUUUGGAUAACGACUAUCUGAGCAGAUUUCCAGAAAUAGAGCUGUAUGAGGCUGUACAGUCGUGGUUACGACAUGAUAGAAGACGCUGGCGACACACUGAUACCAUCAUUCAGAACAUCAGGUUUUGUUUGAUGACUCCCUCCAGUGUUUUUGAGAAGGUUAAAACAUCAGAAUUUUACAGAUACUCCCGACAGCUGCGUUAUGAAGUUGACCAGGCGUUGAAUUACUUUCAGAAUGUUCACCAGCAACCUUUAUUGGAUAUGAAGUCUAGCCGUAUUCGAUCUGCCAAACCCCAGACUACAGUAUUCCGAGGAAUGAUUGGACAUAGUAUGGUUAAUAGCAAAAUACUUCUUUUAAAGAAACCAAGAGUCUGGUGGGAGCUUGAGGGCCCACAAGUUCCUCUGCGCCCAGACUGCCUUGCCAUUGUCAAUAACUUUGUGUUCCUGUUGGGCGGAGAAGAGCUAGGCCCAGAUGGAGAAUUCCAUGCUUCCUCUAAAGUAUUCAGAUAUGACCCAAGACAAAAUUCUUGGCUCCGAAUGGCAGACAUGUCUGUACCACGAUCAGAAUUUGCAGUUGGUGUCAUUGGAAAGUUCAUUUACGCUGUAGCAGGCAGAACCAGAGAUGAGACUUUCUAUUCUACUGAGAGAUACGACAUCACCAAUGACCAGUGGGAAUUUGUGGAUCCUUAUCCUGUUAACAAAUAUGGACAUGAAGGGACUGUGCUCAAUAACAAGUUGUUUAUCACUGGUGGUAUCACCUCAUCCUCCACCUCCAAACAAGUGUGUGUCUUUGACCCCAGCAAAGAAGGGACCAUCGAGCAACGAACCCGGAGAACUCAAGUAGUUACCAACUGCUGGGAGAAUAGAAGCAAAAUGAAUUACGCAAGAUGCUUUCACAAAAUGAUUUCUUACAACGGCAAGCUCUAUGUCUUCGGUGGUGUUUGUGUGAUCUUGAGGGCUUCUUUUGAAUCUCAGGGAUGCCCGUCCACCGAAGUGUACAACCCAGAGACUGAUCAGUGGACCAUAUUGGCAUCCAUGCCAAUUGGUAGAAGUGGUCAUGGUGUGACUGUGCUGGACAAACAAAUAAUGGUUCUUGGAGGCCUUUGCUACAACGGUCACUACAGCGAUUCCAUUCUCACUUUUGAUCCUGAUGAAAACAAAUGGAAAGAAGAUGAGUAUCCACGAAUGCCCUGCAAGCUGGAUGGUUUACAAGUCUGCAACCUGCAUUUCCCAGAAUAUAUACUGGAUGAGGUCAGACGUUGCAACUAAAACGACGUCUUUUUCACUCAAAAAAGAAGCCAAACAAGAACAUUUGUUUGUGUCGUAGUUAAAGCAUAAAGAAAAACCUCACCAGUUUUACUAUCAAAGCCAUUGGUCUUAUAUCAUAAAUUUUCAUUCUGUGCUAGCAUUCUUUUUCUUUUUAGUGACCUCAAAUUCAUGCAAUAAGUUAAUUCUAAGCACUAGCUCUUGAAUCUACUUCCAGAAGCAGUUUAAUAGAAUGAUCCACUUACCCGGGAAGUUGAUUUUAUGCUUUAAACAUUUCUUUCAGAUACCAGUAUAGGAGGUAUGCAUCUUGUGAGAGAAGACCUGGGAUGCAAUUUCAGUUCCUAUAUCUAUCUGAAAUCUUUUCGAAGACUUCUUUCAGUGUAUUUCAGUCUGUUAGACCUUUUGGUUUUAUUAAGUUUCAAACUCAUGACCUUUUUUGCAUGGCUUUUUGCUGAAAAUGCAAAAAUAUAAAUUUUCUACAAAGGUAACUUUUUUAUAUUCAGAACACUAUUUCUAAGCUGCCUUCUCUUAUCUGCAUUGUGUUAGUGAAAGCAUAUCCACACUUGCAUACAUCUUAUAAAUAUAUAAGGCACAUCCCCUUUUAUGCGUGGUUAGGAUUCUAUAUUUUUAAGCUAGUGCACUUGCACACAGUUUGCCAUACUGUUGAAUUUUAGAUGUAACGUCUUUUCGUGUAUUAACAUUUUUAGAAAGUUAAAGUAACUGGAGUCCUCAUUUGGUAUCAGAGUAGCCUGUCUUUAGUCCAUACUGAUUCAGUAAUAUUUGAACUCUGUAUUCCUGAAACAUGUAUGGAUUUAUGAAAACUAACAUUUUGUAUUUUAUUUCCAAAUGUAAACAUUAGUGUUCUUUAUCGAUGUUUGUCUUGUUUUUGAAGAUGUUUUUCUUUGCAGUUUGUUUAAUGUUACCCUGUUAUUAGUGAGAAUUGGAGUGGUAUAUGACAAGCCCUGGCCCUGCAGCGUGCAAGCACUUUUAAAGAGAAUUUAGGUAAUACCAGACUCCUAGUAAAGGCCCCCUGAAAGUAAGUGCAACCCCUUCUUUACAUUCAAUACUGCUGCUGCAUCUGUUAUUGAAUGGAAAGUAGCAACUCGUGGAAAUUUGAGCUCAGUUUUGACAUAGAGGUAAGGGAUAGAAUUAGAAUCUUACUGGUCAUAUCUACUUGUUUAUUUAGUACAAAAUACUUAGCGGCACUGGGGGUGUAAAAUCCCCAGUUUUUCUUUCACAGAAAGCUACUAGCAUGGAGAAUAACCCAAAAGCUAAGAAUGGAUCAAAAAGAACUGUUUGAAAAGCAUUUGUAAUAAGUGUUUUUAGGAUUUGCCGCACCUUUCAACUGUUUCAACUUGAAGGAAAAAUGUAGUAGACAAAAUUAAGCAAGAAUAAUAGGGGAGUGGAUCAUUCAAAUUGGUGCCAUUUUCUCCUGAGCAAAUAAAAGUCUGUGUGUCAUACAGACUAGAAAACUACACUGGCAAAACAUGCCAGAUCUUAGGAUAUCAGUGCAAUAUUGCAAUGCCUUCUAUAUGGCUGUUGUAUAAAUUUUCUAGUUACACUUUUUUUAAAAUUUUUUUUUUGCUGCUGCCACCACUGAACAUAAAAUGGAAGCGUGAAGUCAUGGAAAUGUGAAGACUUUUGUUUUUUGGUUUUGUUUGCAGUUAGACUAGUUGUCUAACUACUCUAAUAAAAAGUCCCCAAACUGAAGGCAUUUAAGAUUUAGCCAGAUGCACAGGUAGUUUUUGAACAAGAAAAAUAUUGGCAUAGGUUUUAGAAAUCAAGUUAUUAACAUUUAUUUUUGUAUGUGACACUUAAAUUUUUAUCAGAUGUUCCUAUCAUUUGCUUUCAGUUUCUAAGAAUAAUUUUUUCCCCAUGCCAAUAUGGGUAAAAGUUUUCUACGUUUAAAAAAUUAUUUAAAAUUAGUUUACUUUGAAAACUAGGCAUUGGUUAGCCAUUUCAUUCUUUUCCCUAAUAUAUUACUGGGUAUAGUUAUGUGUGCUUUCUUGCUUUAAAGAAAAUAACAAUAAUGUUUUUGUUAUUUUCCUCAUUUUGCUGGUAAAGACCGAGAUGGGAUCUCGGUCCAAGACCUAUGAGAGGCUUUAUAUAUAUACUCCAGUGGUGCUUCUCUUUAAUUGCUUAGAUAUGACUUCCUAGCCCUCAUUAGGCUAAGAUCUGGGCAAAUAAGUGAAAUAUUCUUGGUCUUCCAUUUUCAAGGCAUAUGGCCAAGCUCAAAGUUCAUGUUUUAGAAAAUUUGUGAAACCUUAACUUGAACUAACUCUGGGUUCAGCUUCACAUGUAAGUCAUGUCUGACCUGAUGUUAGCUGUUAUCAGUUUUGAGCUUUAAAAAUAGUUGCUAUUGCUUGGGUUCUGAAUGUAUGAGAAACUUCUUCUGUUUAUAUGUAGUGCUAGUUUAGGUUAUUUUAAAUCCAUAAUUACAUUCCCAUUUAAAACUCUGGUUUAAUUGCUGAAAGAGAUUUAUUUUUGUUAUACUAAACUAUGGAAAUUUUUUUCAUAGAAUAUUUUCAAGUAUUUGUGUGCUUCAUUUGGAACCAUUUUUGUUGAUAAACAUUGUAUACGCUCAAAAUAGUUCUCUAAAAAUUCAAAGAGAUCUGAAACAAUACAGUUGAACUGUUUUGCUCUUUGUGUUAAUUUUUACUUUAAAUUUUCAAUGCCAGACUUGACAAAUAUAGCUAAUCUUCAUUACUUGCAUCUAAUUAGAAGUGUUUGUUCUCUUCCAUGUCUUUGACCUUCGAAGUUUUUAUUUUAAUCUGCUUAAAGAAAAUCCUUGCACUACAACCUUUUCAUAAAAGUCAAAAUUCUCACAUUGAAGGUUUUGUAUUGGAAGAAAUACUACUGGUUUUUGAAAAGCAAUGCUUACUAGAAUUAGUUUUCUUGAGACAGCUUUCACUGUGUCCUCAUUUCUCUACUCUGUGUUACUAUAAUUUGUGAAAUAUUGACUGAGCCCUUCACUUAUCUUUUCUAAAGCAGCACCUUUGGACACCUCAUUCUGGGAAGCCUGCUCGUGUCAUAGUAAAGGACACAUUUGUGUGAGGAGAAGUGGUAAAAAUGGAGAGUUUUGUCUUAAUUACAUGAAACUAAGCUUUAAAAUAUUUUAUAACAAAUUAUUUGAGCUGCAUAAUCUAAACAUGUCAGACGUUCAGUGGGACUAUUUUUAUAUAUGUAUAUGUGGUUGUAGGUCAUAACAUUUCAGUUUAUAAUAUAAAUUGUUAUUUCAGUUUAUAAGCUAUAUCUCAAAAGACUAGCUCUUUUGAGGAUACAUAAUUUAAAGUUUUAGACUGAAGUAAAACACAACAUAGAUGAUAGUGUAAAUUAGAUAUAAUUGAGGGCUAUACGGCAGUAAGACUGCUAGUGCCAUUUUUCUUGUUUUCCUAUUAUACAUUUUUGGUUUUGUUUUUGUACUCUGAACAUUUUUAGGGAUCAUAUGUUUUGUUUAAUCGAAUUACAGUUGGUUUGGGAAUAACUGUCUUCUAAAAAGAAAUUUAUGGUGAAAGAUUCCAAAAAAUUAGUUUAUUGAGAGAUUAUAAAGUAAAUUCCAUAAGCAUAGAUGGGAAUAGGUGGACUCAUGGAAGUCAUAUUCUUUCAGUAUACCAAUCUUACUUAAAUAUUGUACAAGUACCGUUGAAAUAAUGCCAUCAGGUUGGUUUGUUCCCCCUUUAUAAUGUUGGAUUUUCUUUUUACAUCUUUGGGAACAACUACAUAAAAAACUUAUUAAUCAGUGUAUCAGUAAGGAUUAGGUGUUUGCUUUCUGAAGGAAUGUUCCAGUGAGGUGAUUGGAGAGGUUAUUUUCUACCUAACUUGUAUAUGCCCUAUACCUCUUGGGCAUACUUUGUCUAUAGAAAAAUAUUUUGACCUUUAGGUACAUUUUGGGCCAGUAGUCAAAUAAUCGUAGGGCCAACUUAAAAAUCUUAGAAUAAUUUAAGGUUUGCCUUUUAUACCUGUUUUGAAAGCCUUUACAUUUUUGUCAGGUAACUUUUCCCAAGCCGUGAAUAUAAUCUAUUCGAACAUGUUUAUGCUAUCCAUUCUGUUUUUAAAUUGAAAAAAUGUUAAAAGUGUUUAUGAAGAAAGUUUAAAUAAAAUAUUUUUAAUCUUUAAAA